CACGGUGGUGUCCUGGAGGAAAAAUCGGCGGUUUUUGCACCCUGUGUGUCUCUCUCUCGCUCUCUCUCGCUCUCUCUCUCUCGGCUGUGGGACUCUUCGUCUCGUCCUCACAGAGGGACCCCAGUCACUGCCGCUCCCCCGGCCUCUGAAGACUCCAACAUGCUGCUGUUCCUCACACUACUGUCUGCGGGCCUGGUGGCCAUAGUGCCGCAGUCCCAGGCCAUCGUGAUCUACACGGGCUGGGAGCGCCAUGCCCUCAUCGGCUCUGACGUCCGGCUGUCCUGCUCCUUCUUCUCCUGGCGAUGGACCUCGGAGGACGUGACUUUCUCCUGGAGCUACCGGCCCGACGGGACCCGCGACAGCAUCUCUAUAUUCCACUACACCGGGGGUCUCCCCUACGUGGAUAAUAAGGGCCCGUUCCGGGACAGGCUGGAGUUCGUGGGGAACCCCCAGAGGCGCGACGGCUCCAUUCUGCUGAAGAACCUGGACUUCAACGACAACGGAACCUUCACCUGCGACGCCAAGAACCCCCCUGACAUCGUGGGGCGGGCCUCCAGUGUGCGUCUGCUGGUGUUCGAGAAACUGCCCGUCCAGGCUGGUGUGAUCACUGGCGCCAUCAUCGGGGCGGUCCUGGGACUGCUGGUGCUGAUCGUGGUGAUCUACUAUCUGAUGAGGUUCCUGGUGGCCCGCCGUGUCUUCAGCCUCAGUGUCAGCAAACACGGGAAGAAAGGAAAAGGAAAAGAGGGAUCACAGCAGAGACAGGGACCCACCCUCUACGCCGCCCUGGACCAGUCCAAACUGAAGGCCUCCGCCUCCGAAAAGAAGAAGCAGGAGUCUCGCAAGGAUAAGAAAUAGGAUUCGGGGAACAGAGAGCUAGAGCCCCGCGACUCAAACGCCCCCAAAAACAAGCGGCCCAAACCACAGAAACAGAAAGAGAAAGAGAGGGGGGAGAAGGAGAAGGAGAAGGAGAAAGGGAAGGGAGGAUGGGGGAAGGUUGGCGACAGGGUACUGAUGACCAUCGACCUGGAGAUGUCCAGGGGACAGGGGGAGGGAGGCCUGCCCAAAAAGUCACCCAGUUUUCUGUCCCAGCUCGCCAACAAACUCACCGUCUAGCGGGGGAGAGGGGGGAGAGGAGGAACGAGGGAUGAGGGAGGGAGGGAGGAGAGGGGGAGAGUGAGAGAAAGAGAGGGAGAGGGCAGUAUGGUGGGUGUAGAGCAAACUCAUUCUCUAAGUCAUAAAUUAUAUCCAUACAUCUCCAUUACAGACAGAAAAAAUAAUCAUGUUUCAGUAUAAAUACGUUAAUUGGAAUUAAAUCAGACUCAAAAUCAAAUACCAUAAAAAAAUAUUUAACGUGACCUGUUAGCUUUUAGCGCCUUUAUUUAAAGAUAGUCUUUCCAGCAUCAACGUUGUCAGUUAAUGCGAGCGGGCAGUCAACCAAUGUCACCACGGCAACGGCAAGGACACUGCUACUCUUAGGGGUCAUCUGCAAACUCUCAGCUCACAAAAAAAAACACAAUUUCAUCAUCGGCCACCAUUUUCACACACUGAAUAUUAGAUUAUACACAAUUACAUUCAUAUAUUUAAAAACCUUGACUCUCCAAAUCACCUCUCUCCCCCUCUAUCUUUCUCUCCUUCUCCCUCUCUCCUCUCUUCCUCCUCUCCCCCUUUCUCUCUCUCUCUCUCUCUUUCUCUCUCGUAGAUGUUCUGAGUCUUCUUUUCACCCACGCUCUGGCUGUUCCAGCCCAAAGCCCCGCCCACCCCACCACCCCCAAGCAAUACUACUGGUGUAGCCACAUGUCACUCCAACCAAGAUCCCCAAGGCCUGCCCCGCCCCCCUCCAAACCAGCCCCUCCCACUUCCCUGUCUGCACUUGGUGAGUUGACGCAUUCCCCAGAACAGAGGCUCUGCCCCGCCCCCAAAAGGCUCUGCCCCCCCCCCCAACAAAGGCUAUGCCCCACCCCCAACAGAGAGUGGUUGUGAACUGGUAGCACCCUGGACUGUAGCGUCUCUGAGGGGCACAGUCAUUGUGUUUACCCCAUAGACAUGUACAGUGUUUCCAUGCCAAAAAGACCCAGACAUUCAAAUAUCUGCCUCUUCCUUCACGGGCAAGGAUACCUACAGUACUGCUGAGCAGAGAAAAUUCUCCCCUUAUAAUGAGCAGGCACACAGCCAGGAAUAUCCAAGAGAAACAGGGUUUAUUUUCUGCAGUAACAUACACACAACCAGGUGCUGUGCUCCCCCCUUCUAUACCUAUUAAUUGUAAUUGUGGAGAUGACACCAUAAAAUUAUGAAAUGGGGCAAAUAAGUAAAAUACAAAUUGCACAGCCCAUCUCUUCCUGAGCUUUGUACUGUUAUAAAAUAACACCCUACAGUCGGUCCUCGAAAGAAUUUGUCGUCGGCUUUUCCCCCCCCCCCCCGCUCAGGCGCAGCGAAAACGUAAAAUUUCGGGCCGGGCCGCUAACUUUCCUAACGCUAACGAGACGGCCUCGAGGCAGCCCGUCCGCAGAGGAGCGGCAGAGCCCAGCGCUCCGCUGAGACGGGCCGCCGCUUUGGAGUUCAGCGACGGAGAAGCACAGAAUGAAGUCAAUGCUGAACCCCAAACCCCCCGGUGGACCGUCUCGGCUGAGCGCGAGAGGGCGGAGCGCGAGAGGCGCGGUAACUCUGUCGCCGAAAAACGCCGGCCCCUCAAAGUCCGGAACGCGUUUUUCCUCUCGCCGUUCUCGGGAGCGGGGGUGGCCGUUGUCGCACGCCGUUCAGCGAGCACGCGUUUGGCCUCUGUCCCUGUCCCUCUCCCACUCGCAGGCUCAGAUGCCCCUCUCUCCUCAUUGACCCUGCCUUGACCCUCGUUUCGGUUGCUUAGCAACGCAUAGCGCCCCUCAUACAUCCACCCUCCCCCCCCCCCCCCCCUCUGCGUGCCCCUUCUGAUCGUGAAAAAAAAGAUGCCAAACAGAAAUCCUAAUUCAUCUAGCUCUCUGCGAUGUGUGUGUGUGUGUGUUUGUGUGUGUGUCUGAGCGAGUGAAUGAAUGUGUGUCUGUGUGUGUUAGACAGACAUUUUACAUGUGUACAAAAAAAAACAAAAACAUUGUAAGCAUGUUUCUUGAGCAGAAAUGUAAAAGUAUUACUUGAUAUUUAAUGAUGUUUCUGCCCCGGUGAAAUGCAAGGAUCCAGUGAGCUGUUUUCGAGAUCCGCAGGGGGACCGUAGAGCCUCAGCCCGCCGUCUGCCCGGGGUCGCACUGCGACUCCGCGAAGAGGGGGGUUCUGGGACGAAAUACUUUCCUUGAUAAGCCGGGCGAUUCGUCUGUCGUAAUUAUUAACGAAAGUAUCGUGUCCCCGCGGCCCUUCUCAGCGUGUCAUCCGCUUGAGCCUCGUUUAGGUGCAAACAUCAAAAUUGCAGUCGCGGAUGGCGCGGCAGGAUGUGAGGUCAUAACCGCAGAGUGGUUAUGGGUAGUGUAGUGUUAUUGGAGCGUGGGCCACAUGAUUCACGUGGCUUUUUUUUCUUUUCUUUUUUUUUCUUUUUUUCACACCAGGGCUAAAUGUAGAACAUGGCUUCACACUAGUGCUAGUGCAGAAUGUGCAUGUGUGCCUGUGCUAGUGUGGAGCAUGGUUUUUAUGCUAGCGCUAGUACAGCAUGUGUUUUUGCAUUAGCGCUAGCGUAUAGUAUGGUUUUACACUUGCGCCCGUGUGGACUGGAGGGGCACUAUCUCUUUCGAUGGAUUCAGGUCUUUCCUCAGACAAGCUUCAUGGAUUCUUGACAUUUGAGAAAAUACAUUAAAAUGUCUUCAGACAUAUGUGUUGUUCAUGUAUUGCAUUCCUUAUUGGAUCUGAUUCAGAGAUAACAUUCCUUUAUUCUUUGAAAUAAAUACACAUUAACGGCUUAAUUUUUUUUUUACAUUUAUUUUUUGUCCUAACAAUAGAAAUGUACCAACCAGUAUUUGUUGUCAUAUGAAACGUGUUGUAUAAAGAAAAUAAAUCGGAAAUAAAAGCAAACACUCAACUUGGUUGUAAAAAUAAAAAUUAAAUAAACCCAAAUGAACAGAGAA